GCGCGCAAACAGGCGCGCUCUGUAAGAGCACGCCGGCGUUUGCGCGGGCGUUCGCGCCGGAGGGCGGGCCAGGAGGGCCAGGAGUGGGACUCCUGUAGGGGUAGGGCGUAGACACCGCGCAGGUCUACAAACAGCAGCUUGUAGAAUGGUGUCUACGAGGAGUACUGCUAGGGCCUCUGCCCAGGGGGACAAGGCUGCCCGGGGCAGGUCUGAGGCCUCCACCCAGACUGAGCCCAUGGGGGAGCCGGUGUCCCCCUACCUCCUGGCCUGUGGGGUAUCCCCAGCAGGGCCGGGGGGGGCAGAGAUUGGGGGCCCCCACACCUGUCCGGCAGGUGCCCGUCUUAGGGCUCUGGAGGUGCAGGUGAGGGAGCUCCGGGAGGAGGUUAGCAGGCUGAGGGGGAUCAGGGAGGCGGAGGAUGAAAUUGAUAGUUAUUUCCUUUCCCUGCAGGCCCAGGCACCUAAGGAAGAAGCACCCUGGGGAAUACCCUCCACAGCAGAGUGGCAGACAGUCACAGCCAGGACUGGAGCGGCACGCAGCGAACCGGUACCAGCUUCUCCAGUCCGACUGGUGAACAGGUACGAGGCCCUGGCGACCCUGCAGGAGAUGGAAGGGGAGGAGGACACCCUUGGGCAAGAAGAAACACCACGUUCUUCACACUCCAAACAGAUCCAGAGAUCCAUGAGGACCCAGAGGAGGAGGCGACGAGUGCUCGUCAUAGGAAACUCCAUCCUGAGAGGUACGGAAGGACCCAUCUGUCGCCAGGACCCCUCGGCACGAGAGUGACCGGACGAGGAAGACAGCAGGAGAACUGCAUCAGAGAGACCAACUGGCGGCUUCGGCAGUGGUGUCUCGAGGCAGGCUUCGGCUUCCUGGACAAUGACCCGCACAUCACGACGAGGGACAUGCUCAGCUGGGAUGGGCUUCACCUGUCCCCCAAAGGUAAGCGUGUGUUUUCUUCUAGGUUGGCGGAUCUCCUCCGGCGGGCUUUAAACUAGGCUUGUCGGGGGGAGGGGAGUACGAGGGCAGGGGAAGCUGUGGACCACCAAACCAUGUGGCACCCACAAGGACAGCCCAGCCUGAAGAAAGAGAACAUUGGGAACCUGAAAGCCAUGGGGAGGCCAGCACUACAGAACAGGUAAGGAACAAGAAGGUAAGAAACAAUGGGCCCCAUGGGACUGGGAGCGGGGGGGCAGCAAAGGCACCAGU